CAGCCGAUCAAUCAAUAAUCGACGUGCGCUGUCCCCUUGGCCCCUUUACAAACGUGGUUAGCGGACACAUCCACCUGCCACGGCACAAAGGUACACGGUAUGGACCGCAACAACAGCCAGCCGCCGGGUUUGUUGGUCCAAGUACUCCGAUCUUGUGGUCCAGGACGCCCAGAGAGACGAGGGACUCCAAAACCUUUGGGAGGAGGAUCUGAUCAACCCUCUGACACAAGUCGAGCUGGGGACCUUAAGCCAGGACUCACAAACCAGUUCAGGUUCCUCGCCCCAUCUUUGGACUUACCGCCUGAGGCUCAAUAUUUUCUCGGCUGCUCAUCCAGCAGCCCAGCAGCAUGUAAAUCGAUUUUUGAUGAUGUGUCCCGUUAUUGGCACCAUGUGGCUUCCCUCAAAGCCAAUAACGGACGCCCCGUCCGCUCAUCUGCCCAUUUCGGACGAUUGCUAAAAUCCUGGCGCCACGCAACCACCCCACGCCCACCCAUUCCAGCUAAACAACUCAAGCCUGAGAUGCCCAGCAAGGUCUCGGCCGUCGAUCUACGCGAGAUGCCGAACAAGUGGCGCCGCUGAGCGAAUGCACAGCGUGGAAGUGGCUUGGAGUCCGAGACGCUCUUCAGAAAAGAUCUUCAGAAAAGAUCUUCUCACCCUCGACACCUCACUGCUCACCCACCGCCUCGUAAUAUCUCCUUUCUUCGUUGU